CGUUGUAGUGAUAGUAUGAGAGGCAUUCGUACCCAAACAGUGAGACGGUGUGGUGGUGCAAGAGAGUUGAAGAUAAACAUUAGUGAUAAAUAAAGGAUAACUGAAACAGAAAUCAUGCGGUGGUUUACAGUUACGUGUAUAUUGUUACCGUUAAUAAUAGCGAGCACAUCGGCGGAAUGGUCUUGGGGACAAGAAUCGAAAGCAGAGGGUAAACAGGAGAAUGCUCAGCAAACUACAGACUUGUUACAAGGCGAAGAACUUCCGAAAGCUGAAGAGAAAAGUUCUGAUUCUAACAGUACCGUUCUGGAUGACAUCGUAGACGAACUGAUCAGCAGCAAGCAGGGCAGGAGUUUGGGCGGUUUCGACGACGACGUGUACAGCGAUCCCACGAUCAAGGAAGCCUUGGACGCAGGUGAUGACGCUGAAGCAAGAAACCUCAUCAAAGGACGCCUUUGCACUUUAGGACUCAUUCAAUGCGAUGAAGAUGACACUCAAGAAAAACGAACCUACUUGUCACCAGAUGAACUUAUUUAUGCUCAACCUGUUGACAUCAAGCCAAUUGGCAAACCCAUUGCGUCAAUUCCCGUCCGUGGACCCCCCAGAGCCUAUGGACCACCUAGGCCUAUGCCUACUUACCACACACGCCCGCAGAAAGUACCCCCGAAAAGAGUCGGAUACGGAGGUAACUUCCGCCCUGGAUUCUCUGAGAAAUACGGUGUCGCAGGAAACAACUUCCAGUUUUCACAAAGCAGCAGCGGAGGACUGUUUAAUGGACAUGAGGCGAAUUACGUAACCAAACCACCUACAUAUGCCAACGAUAGUCCUUACAACUUCGAUAACAAUAAACCAAGCUACAACAAGGGCUCUUCGCAAUCAGGCACUAAAACAGACUCUGUAGUACAACAACAUGUUCACCACCACUAUGUACACAGUGAUGGAGACAAGGACCCCAAAGUUAUUAUCAAACCUGUCGCUAUUCCCGUAGGAUCAGUAGGACACCUGGCGUCACAAUCUCCUCAGACUUUUGGACACCAAUCAAGCGAUAUUAUCACAGCUGGUGGUGGCGACUACAGUAGCCUUAGUUCCGGAGGUUUCAAACCAAUGACUGGAGACUUUGGUGGAUUAAACAGCAAACCAGUAUAUGAAUCUGACACUAUAUACGGAUCCCAGUAUGGCCACAGCGGUUUCAACAAAGAAGGAUCUAGUAUUUUAAGUCAGGGUCUGCCAAACCAGUACCAAAACAAUUUAUUCGAAGACCAGCAAAAAUAUGGUAACUCACUAGGAUCGUAUGGAUCACAGAACAGUGAAUUCUACAAAAAAGAACUCAAUGUUGGUUCUGCUAACAAUUUGUACAAUCAGGGUGGAUCAUUCGGAGCUAAUGGAGCUUACCAAGAAAGUAACCAUGUGCCAAAGGCGCAAGGACUUGACUGCGUGUGUGUAAACUAUGACCAAUGUCCCAGCCAGGAAGUCAUCGGCCGCAGAGACGACUUAUAUUUACCCAUCGAUCCUCGUAACAAAGCCAGCGAAAUCACCGCGCUGACCGAUGAACAAAUUGAUAACAUAACCAAAUUAGAUGCAGCUGAACAGGCUAACCAAAAUGCUACCACUGAAACCAAGAAAGUCAGCAAGAGGGAAACGAAAGAAGCUGAUGAUGACAAGGCUGAAGAAGCUUCGAAGCAAAUUGAAGCACGUCAAGGUUACUUCGGUCGUCCCCCAGUUCAACAAUGCAGACAGAACCAGGUUUGCUGCCGUAGACCUUUGAAACCUCAAGCCGGAAACAGAGGCCAGUGUGGUAUCAGACAUUCCCAGGGGAUUAAUGGUAGAAUCAAGACCCCAUCUUACGUCGACGGAGAGAGUGAAUUUGGCGAAUACCCAUGGCAAGCGGCUAUUUUGAAAAAAGACCCCAAGGAGUCAGUUUAUGUGUGUGGAGGAACAUUGAUUGACGCUAACCACAUAAUGACUGCAGCUCAUUGUAUUAAAUCAUACAAGGGAUUCGAGCUGAGAAUUCGUAUUGGUGAAUGGGAUGUCAACCGUGACGUCGAGUUCUUCCCCUACAUUGAGAGGGACGUUGUCUCCGUACAUGUUCACCCACUUUACUACGCUGGAACUUUGGAUAAUGACCUCGCCAUAUUGAAAAUGGACCACCCUGUUGAAUGGACCAAAUACCCUCACAUCAGCCCGGCUUGUCUACCUGACAAGUACACAGAUUACGCCGGACAGCGAUGCUGGACUACUGGAUGGGGCAAAGAUGCCUUUGGCGACUACGGAAAAUACCAGAACGUGUUAAAAGAAGUCGAUGUUCCGAUUCUGUCUCACGGUCAAUGCCAACAGCAGCUGAAACAGACCAGAUUGGGUUACAACUAUGAGCUGAACCAAGGCUUCCUCUGCGCUGGUGGGGAAGAAGGCAAAGACGCCUGCAAAGGUGACGGUGGCGGUCCCUUGGUGUGCGAGCGUGGAGGCACGUGGCAACUCGUGGGGGUGGUGUCCUGGGGUAUUGGCUGCGGCCAGCCUGGAGUUCCCGGCGUCUACGUGAAGGUCGCUCACUACCUCGACUGGAUUUCGCAGAUUACUGGCAAAUUCUCGCCAUACUGAAGCGUUAAAUCUAUUUUGUAGACGCAAGGAGUCACAAAUUGACUGAAUGUUAUAUCAUAUUUAUUAUUAGGCGCUAGAUUAUAUUUAAUAUUUAUUCUUACUUUGGAUGGUAAUAUCCAGAGACACGAGUAAUCGCAUAAUGCAGAUAAAUUUUACAAAUAUAUUAAAUAUUGAAAUAAAUAAAA